ACAAUUUUCUCUAUUUAUAUUCUUUACAGCCAGAAGUUUUCCAAUCACACCUUGUUCUCUAAGUGAUCCUCAGAAGAAUGAAUGUAUCAAAAAUUUAAUGACACAACUGGUACCUGAACUAAAGACCGGUUUACCUGAAUAUGGUUUGGGUUCUAUUGAUCCCUACUUCUAUAGACGUGGUAUUUUCCGAUAUGCCAACGAUGGCAUUCAAGGUGGUCUACUCAUUAAGAACAUGCAAAUCCAUGGUAUUUCCAAUUUACAAGUCAAAUCAUUUGUGGGCAAUUUCACCGAUAACGGUUUCAUUGUCAAACUGGGUGUUGAAUGUAAACAGAUCAAGGCUGAUGGUCAGUUUAAGGCUGAUGUUAAAUUUGGCGGUUUGAGAUUGGUGCCGAAGGGACCAUUUAAUAUAACAAUUGGUAGGUGGUGAAAGAAAAUAGACAAGACUACAGA